CCACACUUAUCACACAGCAUCAGACGUCAGCAGGAUAAGCUCGUUAAUCCUUCCUCAAGGUCAGGAGAACAGAGAGCAUGACUUCUGAUAUCAUGGCCGCCACCGUGAAGGACGUACGGGCAGCUCCUGUAAACUGAAAAGAGCAGACCUGAGUCGUGUCGAUCGAAUACAAACGGCCCUCAAAGCCAAGCUCGCGCACUCGUUGACUCUUGCAGAAAGGUGGUUUUGACUGGAAGACUUGUUUUCUCUGUGUUCUUGGCCGGUUUCUCUUUCUUACCAUUGGGCCUCACCGUGCAGCUUGAACUCAGAACAGUCACCCUGCCUCAGUCUCCCGAGUGCUCAGAUUAUAGCAGACUGUAUCGUGACAUUGAACGAAUUUUGAAAGAUGCUUCAAGCUUAGUAGCCACAUCUAUUGUCGGUCUUCUCACCCUUAAAGAGAGAAUAAAUGGGAUGUUUCAGAAGAGAGCUGUAUAAAAAGAGUAUUGCAAAUGGCUUCAGAAUCUACCAAUGGGAAACAAGCUAGGAGUCACGUGACAAAGGGGCGGCGCCAGCAGCAGCAGCAGCAACAGCAAGUGAGGAGCAGGUCCUCCGUCAGUGAGUGUGAUGGCGACGACUCCUUCAUCUUUGAAGCCAACGAGGCCUGGAAGGACUUUCACGGCUCUCUCCUGGGCUUCUAUGAAAACGGGGAGCUCUGCGAUGUCACACUGAAGGUUGGCUCAAAGCUAAUCUCUUGUCACAAACUGGUGCUGGCGUGUGUGAUCCCCUACUUCAGAGCCAUGUUUCUUUCCGAAAUGUCUGAAGCCAAGCAGGCGCUAAUCGAGAUCCGAGACUUUGACGGUGAUGCCGUGGAAGACUUGGUGAAGUUUGUCUAUUCCUCACGGCUCACUUUAACAGUGGACAAUGUCCAGCCCCUGCUGUAUGCAGCGUGUAUUCUGCAGGUUGAGCUGGUGGCCAGAGCUUGUUGUGAAUACAUGCAGCUACACUUCCAUCCCUCCAACUGCCUGGCCGUACGAGCCUUUGCGGAGAGUCACAACCGAAUAGACCUAAUGGACAUGGCGGACCAGUAUGCCUGUGAGCACUUCACUGAAGUGGUGGAGUGUGAAGACUUUGUGAGCGUGUCCCCGCAGCAUCUCCACAAGCUCCUCUCCUCUAGCGACCUCAACAUUGACAGCGAGAAGCAGGUCUACAGUGCUGCCAUCAAGUGGCUUCUUGCCAAUCCUCAACAUCAUCAUAAAUGGCUGGACGAGACACUUGCACAGGUCCGUCUGCCAUUGUUGCCUGUUGAUUUUCUCAUGGGUGUUGUGGCGAAAGAACAGAUCGUCAAGCAGAAUCUGAAGUGCAGAGAUCUGCUGGAUGAAGCGAGAAAUUACCACCUUCACUUGAGUAGUAAGCCAGUUCCUGACUUUGAGUACACAGUCCGGACGACCCCGAGGAAGCACACUGCUGGUGUGCUGUUUUGUGUGGGUGGUCGAGGUGGAUCUGGUGACCCCUUCCGUAGUAUUGAAUGCUAUUCUAUCAACAAGAACAGCUGGUUCUUUGGACCAGAAAUGAACAGCCGCAGGCGACAUGUGGGUGUGAUCUCUGUGGAAGGGAAGGUGUACGCAGUGGGCGGCCAUGAUGGGAACGAACACCUGGGCAGCAUGGAGAUGUUUGACCCUCUCACUAACAAGUGGAUGAUGAAGGCAUCGAUGAACACCAAGAGGCGAGGAAUUGCCUUGGCCUCCUUAGGGGGCCCAAUAUAUGCAAUUGGAGGAUUAGAUGACAAUACGUGCUUCAGUGACGUGGAGAGAUACGACAUCGAAUCUGACCAAUGGAGCACAGUGGCACCAAUGAACACUCCCCGUGGAGGCGUUGGCUCUGUGGCUUUAAUAAACCACGUUUACGCAGUGGGUGGCAACGACGGAGUAGCCUCCUUAUCCAGCGUGGAAAGGUAUCACCCGCAUCUGGACAAGUGGAUAGAAGUGAAGGAAAUGGGUCAGCGAAGAGCCGGCAACGGUGUCAGCGAGCUUCAUGGUUGUUUAUAUGUUGUUGGUGGUUUUGACGACAAUUCCCCUUUGAGUUCCGUGGAACGGUACGACCCUCGAAGCAACAAGUGGGAUUAUGUGGCAGCUCUUACCACUCCCAGGGGUGGCGUAGGGAUCGCGACAGUGAUGGGCAAAAUCUUUGCAGUUGGCGGUCACAAUGGCAACGCUUACCUAAAUACCGUGGAGGCGUUUGACCCCGUGCUGAACAAGUGGGAGCUGGUCGGACCUGUGUCUCACUGCCGAGCUGGUGCCGGUGUGGCCGUGUGUGACUGUUUAACUAGCCAGAUCCGAGAUGUGGGUCACGGGUCCACUAAUGUGGUUGACUGUAUGUGAUGAAGUCCCAGCAACAAGGACACAAUCCCAUCUGAUGGACAGGAAGACAACAGGCCUUUUGACUGUGACUGCAGCUACUGUUUUUGAAUGUCAGCUGUUGUGAAUACACGUCUGUGGACUGAUGGGUGAGAGUUGUUCGUCGUAAAGCUAGGUGAGCUGUUUCCUGCUUCAGCAAACAGUGGAGCGGGCUGGAAGCAGCCUGUCUGUGAACCCAUUCUUGCUCUGAGAGAUGUUUGAUGUAGUGCCAAACCUUAAAAUAGCUGUUCAUUUUGAUGAAUAAAAUGUAAUUUAUUGAGUUUCAUCUAUUCUUUUUCCUGAAGAAACUAACUUCAGGCAGUAGGUUUUUCCCCAGAGGAGAGAGAUGCCUGCUCAUCAACAUGAGAACUUAAGGCCUGCUCCCUUGAGGAUCAUUCUACACGGUGCUGAUGAAUUCAUGUCUUGCUUUUUGUCUCUAGAUGGUGACUUUCAGUUCUUGGGUGUUUAUGAAGUAGGGAAAAUGUUUGUGUGUUUCUGAGACAUUCUUGAAACCAUAAUUAGUGUCUGUAAGAAGGCCUUUGCUUCCAUUUCGAGUUUCAGAACUACAGGACACUACUGUACUGGCUUCCUCACCAAGUAUGGUGGCCUCUAUUUUCCCACCCGGGAGAAUUUCUUGGGAUGACUGUGGAUUAGUGUUAGUGCAGCGCCCGGUCCGCCCAGUGAAAAGACAGAAGGAUGUGUGAAGCCCAUGUCCACCUAGGGAGGGGAAUGUGGAGGUUCCUUUAACUUCGUUCUUUGGGUUUGUCGUUGGAUUUGGAGUGAGGAUCCAUUUUCUCUUUACUCUGUCAUUUGUCACUGUCCUGGGUUUUUCUAAUUGUACAAAGCUGAAUUUAUUUAUUAUCAGGACAUGAAUGCAUUUUUACAAAAUUCCUUUCUGCAGUAUAGUUUGAUUAGUUCAAGUUUGUCAUUAAUCAAUAAAAUAUGUUGUUGAUAAAAGCAGAAAAAA